GCGCCCCGCUGCCGCCGCGGUCACGUGACGCCGGCGCUGACCACGUGUUCCGGGCGCGAUGGCGGCGGCGGCGGCCUCGGCCCAGCGCGGCGGCGGUGCCGGCGGUGGCGGCGGUGCCGGUGCCGGUGGCGGUCCCGGAGCCGAUCCCGGAGCCGGGGCCGGCGGCGGCGAGCCCGCCCCGCCGCCGGGGGGCGGUGGGGCCUCCUCGGACCAGAUCAUGCAGACCGGGGCGAUCUUGCUGCGGGCGUUCGUGCGGGACCGCGUGGAGCGCUGCGGGGACCCCCAGGCCGUGGCGCUGAGCGUGGCCGAGCUGGGCGAGCCCCAGCCCAGCAGCCCCGACACCAAGCGCCUCAGCGAGUGCCUGCGGCGCAUCGGCGACGAGCUCGACAGCAACAUGGAGCUGCAGAGGAUGAUCGAGCAAGUGGGCUGCGACGCCCCCAAAAAGCUGUUCUUCCGCGUGGCCAAGGAGAUGUUCGCCGACGGCACCUUCAACUGGGGCCGCGUGGUUGCUCUCUUCUACUUCGCCUGCAAGCUGGUGCUGAAGGCUCUCUGCACCAAGGUGCCGGAGCUGGUGCAGACCAUCCUGCGCUGGACCAUGGAGUACCUGCAGGAGCACGUGCUGGCCUGGAUCCAGGCCCAGGGCGGAUGGGAAGGGCUCCUGUCCCACUUCGGGACCCCCACCUGGCAGACCAUCACCAUCUUCGCCGCCGGCGUCCUCACGGCCUCGCUGACCAUCUGGAAGAUGGCCUAGACUCUCGGGGGGGGUGGGGGCCGCAUUUUGUGUCCCCCCCCCAUCCCGGGACCCCUCCCCGGACUGGCCCUGCCGGCAGGGAUGGUGCUGACCCCCAGCGCCUUCCGGGCCCGGGGGGGUUUUUAACCAACGGGACUCCUCGCUCACCUGGAUUUUGGGGUGGUGCUCCCCCCCCCAGCCCCCCCGGAGGCCACGGCUGGGAUUUUGGGGGGGAUUUGGGGGAUGAAGGGGGUGGGGACACCCCCCCCUUGCUCUCCCAGCCCUCGGUUUGACCCCAGGACUUGUGGUGCUUUCCCUGGGGGGGGUUGGGGGGGAUCCUGCGGUUCCACCCCCCAAAAUGGGGGUGGGGGGAGGGCAUGGGGUGUCUCUGUGACCCCCCCAAAAAUGAAUUGAGGGGGGUGGGGUGUCUCUGUGACCCCCCCAGGAUGAAUUGAGGGGGGUGGGGUGUCUCUGUGACCCCCCCCUAGAAUGAGGGGGGGGUGGGGGGGGAGGGUUACAGCCACGGCUGUAGGGUGAGUAUUUAUUGGGGGUCCGCACCCCCCAAAAAAGGGCCCCCCCAGGUGCAAUACCCCCCUCCCGGGGCGGAGGCUCUCAGGGUGGGGGGAGCCACACCCCCCCCUUUUUACACCCCCCCCCUCCCCGGUUUUGGAGGCCCCCCCGUGUCCCCGAGGCGGGGGGGAGGGGCCGGGACAAAGUGACCCCUUCCCCCAACCCCCCCACGGUGCUCUCGGCGGUGACGUCACGGGGAACCGCCCCUCCAAAAAAUGGGUGGGGCCCCGCCUUCCCCCCCUCGCUUCUCUCCGUAGUGAUUUUUUUUCUUCUCUUUUUUUGUACCUUGGUUUUUUUGUAUCUCGGGAAUUUCCAUGAAAAUAAAAAAAGGCAAAACGCGA